CAACAGCAAAACGGCCUCGAACUUGAACGCAUUCGGGAUGUAAAUAAAAACAGUUUGCAGUUUGGUGAAAAAUCGAUAUUGAAACUUACCUGAAAAUGGGUUCGGAAAGUGUUUACGAACUAAUUGGCAGCCUAAUGCACGCGAUUGGCCGUGAAUCUGCCCGCAAGCCAUCGGAUGUCAUCACGAAAAAAUGCAAAUCGUUAGCAUUUGGGAUUUUGCUGGGGAAGCGUUCCGCCACCGCCCCAGCGAACGAACGGGAUAACGAAAGCAUCCGCUUGGCGCGGCAGAUGAUAAUGGAGGAACCGAUCGAAAUGUUGCAUUGCCAUCUGUUUGAGAUGCAACUGCGAGCUACGUACCAGUUCCAGAAGCGGCGCUGCGAGAGGUUCGAUAAGUUAUUGGAUCAGCUGGAUCUCGGUCGCCAGGGUGGAUCGGAGGCAGUGUUCGAGGGGAAGGAUAAGCAAAUUUUGCAGUUUCUGCUGCUACUGCGGGAUUCCGUUCCGGAUGGGAGGGAGCUCGGUGAGAGGGAAUCCCUGACGGGGGACUGGAUGCCGUCGACGCAUUUGGGUCCGUAUCCUAUCUUCCAGCAUGGAGACUUUCAGGCUGAUGCUGCAAAGUUGAAUGCUUAUUACAAGGAGCGAACUACAAAUCCAUACUGUUUGAAAAAGUCGGAUCAGGUUUUCUGGGAGGAUGUUACUGAUUUGCAGAAGAUCACAAAUGGUGCUAAGAAGGGAAAGCUUGUUCCGCAAAUCGAGAGUACUUAUAUAAGUGAUCCGAUGGCUGAAUUAGUUAGUUAUCAAGGACCCUUCCGAUACAAUAUGAUGAAGGGAGUUGUGGAUGAGGAUGAACAACUGUUAACUAGUUUUGAGAUUAUACCGGGAGAUAUGGUUGAACCGGUGAGCGUCGUGGAAAGUCCCCGAGAACAAAUCUUCAAUUUCAAUUGGGAAAAUCUUGGUAAUCGAUACGUUCCUGUGGAACAAUCAUUUGCGUCGGAAUGCAACGCAGCACUGCAUCUGAAUGCACUGGAAGUCGGUUCUUUGAAAAAGCAGUCAGAAAUCAGAGUGGUGAGAAAUGGAGACUUUUUGAGAGAUGUUAAAUCACUACUGACAGGAAUCAGUUCAAGAUGUUUCCAAUAUGAUGAUAGCAAUCGGUUUCUAAUGGUUGCUAAUUUUACGGUGGGCACAGUUUCACCCAUCACUAUGAAACAACUCGUGGAUCAGUUUGUACAAUUGGGAACCUGUUUUAGACGGCUGCAAAAGAUGACUAAGAAAAACCCUUACAAUCAUGCAAUGCUUCUCGAGGGUUUCGUUUUUAAAGCAUUUUGCGAUAGCGUCGAAAAAAUUCUUAGUUGCUUUCGAAUAGUUGUAAACAGCUAUGAAGGUUGCUCAUUGCUACAGUUGCAGCGACAAAUAGAACCUUCGAGGAAACAGCUUUUGGCAUUGGCCAAGUUUUGCGGUAUUCAUCCCGAUCACGAAAGUGUUAAAGAUUUCCCCAUUGGUUCGGUAUUUCUGGACUAUUUGUACAAGGAGAUAAUUCACAUCACCAGCAUCGAUGUUUCCUGCUUCCUGCUGCAUAUUUUGAAACACUGCUGCUACGCUUAUUUCCUGCUCUUUCAGCAGUGGCUUUUCGGCGGUCAACUCCGAGAUCCCAGCGGGGAGCUUUUUAUCUACUUCGUAAAUCACUAUCGCCCAAAGACGAAGCACUUUUUCGACAAGGCUUUCCUCAUCCAACGGCAAGCGGUUCCGGGUUUCCUCAAGGGGUACGAGGAAGAUGUGCUGCUUUGUGGGAAGUAUACGAUGCUAUUGAAAGCCUUUCGACCGACGCACCCGAUUUUUUCGCUGAAAAUCCCGAAACUAGAAGUAUGUCUCUCGUAUAGCUCUGUGGAUCAGUUGAAGACUCGCUGGCUACAGCACGCAGUCGGUUGGUCUAUCCUCCUACCAACCGCUUCGGAACGUGCUCAAACCUUAACGUCGCUUCUUCCGGCUGGUCAUGAUACCACCACUACUAGCAACAGUUCCGGCCAUCGCUUCAUGACUGAUCUCUUGGUAGGCUCGCUGAUGGCAGAAGGUGGCCUCCAGACAGCACUAAACCAGGCUAUCAAUGCUCAACGCACGCAAGACUGUAGUUCCACCGGUACUCACCUAUCCCUCCUGCAUUUACUGAAGCAACUACUACGCAACAAUUCCAGCCUAACUCAAGCACGACUCGGUCAGUUGAUGCUCGGGCCAUAUCUCAAGACUGAGGAAGGAUUUUCUUCCCCGGAACCACCCUCGCCUAGUCUCGAUCUGCUGCACAAAUUUCAACGGCUUCUCCUGUCCUACAUUCAUCAGUCAAAGACAGACGAUCUCAGCGGAGCCGAAGCUCUCCUCGAUACCUAUAUUCAGCAGGUGGUUGGCGCUUGUGUAACCACAUUGUACAAAGCUCACGAAACCAUUCUCCAGGGCAAAGAAGGUGUAGCUGAAAUAUUGAAAAAUGACAUCUCCGAUGCCCUUCUGUACGAACUGCUUAUCGGUUUGGUGCUCAUCCAGAAGGAUAAAUCACUCUUCCUACCAUCGUUUGAUUGGAACAAACAUUUCAUACCACUACUUCAUGCAUUAGACAACUUUAAUCGGCUGACGCACGAAGGUGAAAUCCAUGACUCCGAUGACAUGGGUUGGCCGGGAAUAAUUUGCCGCGGAACAGCUAAAGCUGCGCCUGUCCAAGAGGAAACCCUCCUAGUUCGUCGUAGCGACAUAGACAACCACGUCAGCGACGGCGGAAAUUGGGUUAUUAUCAAUGGAAACGUAUACGACGUCUCAGACUAUCAUGCGGAGAACCCAGCAACGCAAGAGAUUCUCAGCGCUAGCGCAGGCAAAGACAUUUCACUUGAAAUUAGUAAUCCUCAACAUAGAACAGCUUUUGAGUUUAUAACUUCGUUCCUUCGAAUCGGACGGUUCGCUGUGAAUGAAAUUUGUGACAAAGAAAGUCCCCGUCAAAUGACCACGCUUACUCACUUCCACUCAGAGUGCAUGUUGGCAUAUCUGCUCGGUUUGCGAUGUAAUAUUUUGCAGGCAGGAUCGCCUCUGCAACCUGCCGAGAUACAGUGUAAAAACCUUCUAAAUUCAACCAUUCUUAGCGGAGGGCUUCAAGUGCUCCAGCCGAGCAAUCCGUUCGACGAGGAAAAGGGUGAGGCACGAAGCAGCGGAUCUACAGCUGGAAGUACCCCAACCGACGCCUCCAGUCAAAUUCCGAUUGCAGACGUUCCACAGAUGGCCAACUGGCCGUCGGUUUUAAUAUCUCACCGGGUGGAAAAUAUGCUGUCCAAUCUAGGAGAGGCAAAGCUUACCGAUCCAUUAGUUGCCUCGUGGAUAGUCAUUUGCGAACGAUAUUGUAAGGAAAAUCAUCUAAUUUGGCACCAGGAGUUCCCCCCGGAGCAUCCUGUGAUGGAGUUGGAAAGAUUGCUAAUGUCGGUGCUAAUCCGGCACCAGAACCUGGGACCCCUUGCGCUGGCCGUUGUUGAUAGAGAACUCAGCGGCAACUGCUCGAAACCACCGGCUCCAAUCGUCAACAUCAUCAAGAUUGUCCACCAGACCAAGUGGGGCAUCGUCAAAAUGCGCCAGCAACUGAACCGUAGCUAUAAGGAAGUGUGCGCCCCAAUGAUCGACAAGUGUCGCUUUCUGCUGUACGAAAUUCGACCGGCUAUCAGUCUGGAACAGCACGGUCUCACCAAUUUGCACAUCCUUCACAAACUACCCCGCUUUAAAGCUCUAGUUUAUCGGAUCAUUGCCGAUAUGCGUGCCGCGAAGAAACAGCUAGUUUCCGCUAAGCCGGAGGACAUCCUGAACGUCACUAUUCAGAGUCAGUUCACAUCGUCGAUCACGAAAAUCCAAUCGCAAGAGAAUCUCAGCUGUAAGCAUCUCUCGACCGAAAAUCUAGUCCACGAAAGUUUAAUCAAAGUAGAAAGUCUGGAAAACUUGAACGCCACGCCGCGAGAUCGAUCUGCAUCUCCGGUAGUACUAGCCGUGCAGAAGCAUGCCGCUUCCGAUGAGAAUCUACUGAGUGUGACCAGUGUAGAGAAUGUGCCAGUAAAUUGUAAUACCGGUGCGGGCGGCGGAGAUGCCGUUGAAAAGAAGAUCCCCAUCACGAGUGAUGAAAUUAAAACGCCCACCAAUGAACUGAUCGACUACAACAACUCGAAGAUGAAGAAUCCGGAUGGUGGCGAUGAGUUCAUCAAUAACGUGAUUGCCAGUUUGAGUGAAAAGUGUCUGAUCGAGUCAUACCCGGCGGAGUUCAAAAAUGGGGUCAGUCAGCAAAUUGUGGAUUUUAUUCUGUAUGAUUUGUGCGAUGUCGAAACGCUGCGACGGGCAAUGUACUGCCAGAUUCAGCGAUAUCAGAUCCGGAAGCAAGGGUUGGAGAUGUUUUACGAGUUGCUGAAAAUCGUUGGGUUGUUUGAUGCGGCACAGUAUAACCUGUUCAACGGGUAUUUGGGAUUGCAUGUACCGAAGGGAACUGCACAGAAUGAGGAACACAUUUUGGAGAAUCUUAAUAUGAUAACAGCGUUUCAGAAGGCCGAUAUUCUGAUUUCUCAGGCGAAAAUUAUCGAAUGGACAGUAGCAGAGUUGCAAAAAUAUGUAAAUCAGGAAAAGAUCAAUGGUAGGCACCGAAACCAUGGUGAAAAGGACAACUCGAACCUGGGAACGUAUGUGUUUCUUAAAAAACUUCCCAGGGCACGUUUUCUACUCAGUAUUUUUGGAAUCUUGUCCAAAACGUACGAGUCCAACGAGCUAAGCUUGCUGAUAAACUCUGGUAUCUUGGGUAGCAUUAUGGGUCUGUUAAGGCAAACCGGAGCUGAUUUACCGAACACUAGAAACAAUACCGAUAUUUCUGUCAUUUACGAAGAUGUGGUAACAAAUCUUAAGUCGUCGAAGGAAGGACUACCCGGUCCGGAGCUGGCAAAGCUGAUGAAAAUUGGAACUCGAAUUGCUCGUGGAGCUGACUGGAAGUGGGGAGAACAAGACGGUCCCGGAGGAGAAGGAAGAAUCAUUAGCGAAAUUGGAGAAGAUGGAUGGGUCCGCGUCGAAUGGGACAACGGAUCGACGAACUCGUAUCGUAUGGGCAAAGAAGGCCAGUACGAUUUACGCUUGGCGGACAGUGCCCUGAAGGCGCUCUCACCGGACAAGGAUAGCGAGAAGGACGAAUUGGUCGAUCAACACCUUUACAAUGAAUCCCAUCCUACUAAGUUGCUGCGCAAUUUAUGCAUCAAAACACUGCAAAUGAUCUUCGCUUCCGUUGGUAUGCACGCCGAAAGGAUGCAGGAGAACUCCCUGCGAAGUGUAGCUUCGAUGUUUCGUGCUAUCCUGACCAACAGGAUUACCUAUUGUAAUUUUGGGAUGGAACAGUGGACGACACUUGGCUUCCUGAGGGCAAUAUCGUCCUCUAAAGCGUUGUCGAAACACCUAACCUCUCCGGUUUGGAUUGAACUUGCGUUCGACAUUUUAAAUUCACCGAUCACCUGCAAGAAGGAUGUCUACAAAAAAUUGCACUGCUUAAGACUACUACAGUCAACUCUCGUCAAUUGGACCCAGGACGAAGCGGAUCGAGUGGAUGAUAUUAUUCUUAAACUGUUCGAAGUCCUCGGGAGAAUCAGCAUGUACUGUCCCAAUGAUCUAUCGCUAUUAAACAAUUCAGCGGAUAUUAAAUCCAGGGUGCUGUAUAGUGCCUCGCACACGGGCACGAUUGCGGAGGAAAUUAUUGUUCUCGUUCGAAAACUGCACACGCUCCCACUGUGGAAUGAGAACAUUAAUGCGUUCAUUUCACAGAAGCUUUGCCUGGUGGCUGAUGUUUUUCUGGUGCACGAAUUAGAUAUAAAUUUCGAAGGAGAAAAAGCCGCUAUCAUGGGGACUCUCUGCACGAUCGGGGGAUGCGAUUCCAGACCUAGGCUAGGAUUGAACUUAACUCUCGAUGGUGUACGUGGUACUAUCUCUCGAAUGACCAAAAAGGGAAAGGUUGUGAUGAAUGUGCACUCGAUGGCGGAUACCAAAAAGAUUCCAAUAUUCAAAGUUUCCGAAUGCGCGGAUGUGGGAGCGUUCAGUCUGUCGAAGUUGACUAUUAACGAGAUGCUGCUAAACUCGUGGGCUGUUUUGUUCUACGGAAUAGGACAAACUCCGAUGAAUGUGGCUAACAGUAUCAACACACAGCUACUGCUCACGCAACAGAUUAACUUCUCUGCUGUUAAAGCUACCAAAGUUCUAUUUCGCCAACAGAGUCUGUUGAGGAAAAUUUUGCGCCAAAGAUCACCUGGAAUUACUCGUAGUUCCUCGAAGGAGAGUCUGUCAGAUCGGGACGCUAGUCCGGAGGAUGGUAAGAGUCGAAGUGAAUCAAACACCUCAGAGGAGUCUCAAACCUUCACCGAACUGUUGAUUCAGACGGUUCUGAUUAGAGCAACGCAACCAAGUCCUUUGAAAGCUUGUUACUCCUUUCAGGAGAUGGAACUGGCAGCUUUGAAUAUUUCGCAAAUGCUAGCCAAUUUCGUCAACAAUGAACUGAAUGCACCGUCGAACUCAAACAAACGUGCUUUUCCCAUCAGUCAGCCAACGAUGAUUCACGGAGUGCCGAUCUAUAAUAAUGAAUCGGCAGUGGAAGAUGCUCAAACUCCAUCAGGAGCCGAAGCUGCGGUUAGUUUGCCAACGGCUGGUGCGGUGGGCAAUGUUACUGGUGCUCGAGGAACGGCUCGAAGAAGUCCUCCCAGUCCUCUGGUGGCCCAAAUCAUGGAGAUGGGAUUCACACGGAAAUCCGUCGAAACGGCAAUCAAGAGUUUAACACUGCAUACGAAUAUAAAACCAACGGCCGAGCAAGUCGUGCAAUGGAUCCUGGAACAUCCAGAUGUUACGGCUAAUUUGGGAGGAAAAGGCGAUGACAAUGAUGCCCACAGCGACACAGAGAGCGUUAGUUCGGAUACAAUGGAAGGGGGUUCGUCGGUGCAGGAUUCCCAAGCUGUCACAUAUAAAUUGAGAGAGGACUUCAAGUCGACCGAUCAAUACGCAAUGUACGUGCGUGGUUUCAUUUGUCCGGGGAUGUUGGUUCGAUGCUGUCAGGAUUUCGAGGAGAUCCGGAAGGGUCAUAUUGGAACAGUUUUGAAGGUAGAGCCGGAAGGGUUGCAUGAUUUGAAUGUUAGAGUGGACUGGCAGAUGCAUGAUCGACCGUAUUGGAUGUGCUUCGUUCAUCUGGAGUUGUUGGAAGCUCCGCCAUUGGAGAACAGUUCCACGAUCAGCGUUGGAUCGCAGGUUAGAAUACGAAACACACAGCACUUUCGCUAUCGGCUGAAUACCGUUCCUCGGGGAAGUAUUGGGACUGUGAAUUCAAUCAACGGUAAUGAUGUUCAGGUUGAAUUUCCACAGCAGACAGUUUGGAACGGCCAUUUGAGUGAAUUGGAAUUGGUUUCGAGUUGUCUCCAUACUGGAGGAUCAGGUCAGGGCUGUAUCUUUGAUAUUAUAGACGAUUGGUCUCGCUGCAUCCGAUCGUUAACGGUUUCAUCUAACGAAACUUCGGCUAAGUAUCUGCUUGAUCGCAGUACCAAUUACUGGCAAAGUUCCUCCACCCAGGGAAAGCACUGGAUCCGACUGGAAAUUCAUGAUCAAGUUUUUAUUCAAACUCUGUCGAUCAUCGUCGAUCCAGAUGACUACUCGCAUAUGCCCUCAUUAGUUGUAAUCCGAGGGGGUGAUUCUGUUGCUACCCUAAAAGAACUUCAUUGGGUAUCGAUCAACCCAACCGAUGUGGUCGUCCCACUACUAAACGAUUGUAAGCAGUACUACGCUUGGAUUGAGAUUCUGGUCAAGCAAUGUCGCAACAACGGGAUCCAAUGCAAAGUUCAUGGAAUCAACAUCAUCGGGAAGCGGAAGCAAACCGAUCUGGAGAUGAUGCUACAGAAUGCCUCCUUUCUGGCAACGGAAAAUGACGCAACAGCAGAACCAAGUUACACCACUUCCUCCAACUACGCCGACGAGCAGUCAGCGAAUGAGAUCACUUCCAAAGUAUUGGUUUGGGGUCUCAACGACAAGGAACAGCUCGGAGGUUUGAAGGGGUCCAAAGUGAAACUACCUACUUAUUCAUCGGUUUUAAGCCAGUUGAAGCCGAUACAUAUUGCCGGUGGAUCCAAGUCCCUGUUUAUUGUGUCCCAAGAUGGAAAGCUGUACGCCUGUGGAGAGGGAACUAAUGGACGGCUAGGACUCGGUCAUAACAAUAACGUACCAACACCUCGUCCGGUUCCCAUCCUAAAUCAGUACGUCGUCAAGAAGGUGGCUGUUCAUUCCGGUGGAAAGCAUGCAAUGGCGUUAACACUAGAUGGAAAGGUGUUUUCUUGGGGUGAAGGUGAAGAUGGUAAACUGGGUCAUGGAAAUCGAAUGACCUUGGAAAAACCGAAACUUAUCGAAAGUUUACGAACCAAGCGAAUUCGGGAUAUUGCGUGUGGAUCAAGUCACAGUGCCGCGAUCACCAGUUCAGGGGAGCUAUAUACUUGGGGUUUGGGAGAAUACGGUCGAUUGGGUCAUGGCGAUAAUUGUACGCAGCUAAAGCCCAAACAUGUUACCGCUUUGCAAGGCCAUCGUGUAGUUCAGGUUGCCUGUGGUAGUCGUGAUGCGCAGACACUUUGUAUGACCGAAGAAGGAUUGGUGUUUUCGUGGGGAGACGGAGACUUUGGAAAACUAGGGCGUGGCGGAUCGGAAGGUUGUUCAGUACCGCAUCAGGUCGAACGUUUGAAUGGCGUUGGAGUGCUGCAGAUUGAAUGUGGUGCUCAAUUCAGCCUCGCUUUGACCAAGUCCGGGGAAGUGUGGACUUGGGGUAAAGGCGACUAUUACCGACUAGGUCACGGAACCGACCAGCAUGUAAGGAAGCCCACCCCAAUUCAAGGAUUACGCGGAAAGAAGGUUAUUCACGUCGCAGUUGGUGCUCUCCACUGCUUGGCAGUCACCGAUAAUGGUCAAGUGUUUGCUUGGGGAGACAACGAUCAUGGCCAGCAAGGAUCUGGUAAUACAGUCGUAAAUAAGAAACCAAACCUUGUUCUUGGAUUAGAUGGAGUCUUUGUGAAUCGGGUUGCCUGUGGUAGCUCCCAUUCAGUUGCUUGGAGUUUACCGCAGAAUCCAACUGAAAAGGAUAAAAAAGAACCGGUACCAUUCGCAGUUACCAAGGAUCCAUUGGGUAGCCACAGUCUAGGAAUAUACGCUUCCGACACAGAACCUACCACUCUUCAACCACAGGCUGGGGUACCUAAUACGAAACAGCAAAGACCAUCUCUGUCGGAAAGCGUACUCUCACUGGAAACGUACGGCGCAAGACAGGCCGCUCUUUCACAUAUAUUGAACGCGAUGAGUAUUCUGCACGCAAGAUCGUGUAUUAUUGCUGCCCUAACCGGCCACUCACAGCUGAACAUGCAGGAUAAGGGGGCCGAAGGAUAUACGGAAACGCGUCCGAUCACUCCGGUGUCCGAAAACGAUUUGUACGAAGCAAAGGUGGAUGGAGAAGUUACCAAGCAGCAAAACGAUGUCAUUGCCCAUGGAGGUGGGGAGGCACCGGCAGAUGUUUCCGGACUAACGUCUAAUGACAUCAACGACUGCGACAUUCCGAUUGUGUCUGGCAUGAACAACACCUUAAGCGCUUACCGUAGUCUCACUGGAUCUCUUUCGCUGUCAGCGUCAAUUUCAAGCUGUAACGCCACACAGAGGCACUCGAAAAUGUCGGCGAGUGCUAUGUCCGUUAUGGCUGCCACUAUGACCCAUCACGAUGAGAUAAUGAACGAAGUGCCCAUAGCCCAUGGUUUAGAUGAUUUCACCGUUUUGCUUGGAGAGUCUGAGGCAAAACAUUUGAUUGAAUUGCUGAAACUGAGUGUAAGUGGACGGACUGGACCAGCGAAAACUUCUGAAACCAUUGCGAGCACAUUAAUCGCGCUGGCCAGGAGUAAUACGACGAUAUCCAAUAUGCUCAUCGAGACAUGCAUCACAGAGCUGGAAGACCUGUGCACCUCUAGGCAUUCACUAGGGAAACUACCGAAACCGGUAGUUCAGGAAACGAGCCAUCCGUAUAUUGAUGACAUAACACUUGUUGGUCACGUCAAGAUUCCCGGAGCGGACUCGCUGCGCAUCGAGUUCGACAGCCAAUGCUCAACGGAGCGUCGAAACGAUCCACUGAUCAUCAUAGACGGUGCGGGGCGCGUUGUUGCCACCCGAUCCGGUCGUGAGUGGGCUCAAUGGGCUCCGGAGAUACGAAUUCCUGGCGAUGAAAUGCGCUGGAAAUUUACCAGUGACAACUCCGUCAAUGGAUGGGGAUGGCGUUUCUUUGUACAUGCUAUUAUGCCCGAAUCUUACUUGCAGGAGUUGGGUUCUGAUCGAACCGUACUUUCGCAACCGUCUAUUGCCAUGGUGAUGGCGUUGCUUGAUUCCACGCUUGUUCCUCAUGGAGGAAACACGCUGAUUCGCCUAGCGGCAGCUUUAUCUCAGUGUGCGCAGCUAAGCUCUCUCACGGUUGUUCAACGGAUCUGGUCCCUUAGAAAAAUGCACCAAUAUCUGACAGCGAAAGAUGCCCCACGCGUUCUCGAACCUGCCAUGGUCGAAAUCCUAAGCCCUCUGAUUCCAAUCAUUCUUCGACAGUAUGAAUAUGAAGAGCCACAGGUUCGGAGCGGCCUUCAUCUGAUGCAUUCGGAGUAUUUUAAGACGUUGGUUGCAUUGGCGUGUGACAUGCAACUGGAUUCGUUGUUACCUCAUGGAGACGCUCAUAAGUGGGCAUGGUUUCGUCGGUACUGUUCAGCGGUACGAGUAGCUCAGUCACUCAUUCGGAGAGUGACACUUCCACCUACUUUCACGUUGGAAGUGCGCAAAAAACUGAUAGAAAUUGCAUCCCCUGCAGCAAACCCCGUACUACAAACAACCGGCAACACCAGUCUUACAAGCAGUAACUGUUCCUUAAUACAACAUACAUCCAGUGCGUCAAGUCUUAGUCAACAUGGAUUCGAUCUGGUAGGAUCCCUACACGGAAGCGAGAUAGAAUCAAUUGAUACAUCCAAAUAUCUACACGAAGAUCACAACUAUUUCACUCCACAGUAUGACUCCCAGUUGUUGCAAUGGUUUAACCGGAGACCAGAGGAUUGGGCAUUUUCGUGGGGUGGGGCCAGUACGAUCUUCGGCUGGGGUCAUAAUCAUCGUGGUCAACUUGGUGGAUUGGAUGGGAGUCGCAUCAAAAUGCCGACGCCUUGUGAAGCAUUGAGUUUGUUGCGGCCUAUUCAGAUUGCCGGUGGAGAACAAACUUUGUAUGCUGUUACACCCGAUGGAAAGUUAUACGCUACUGGAUACGGAGCCGGAGGUCGAUUAGGAAUAGGAGGAACAGAUUCAGUAUCGACGCCUACGUUGGUGGAGUCUCUGCAGCAUGUUAUCAUCAAAAAGGUUGCUGUAAAUUCUGGAGGGAAACAUUGCUUGGCACUGUCGUCCGAUGGAGAGGUGUUUUCCUGGGGAGAAGGAGAAGAUGGCAAGCUGGGUCAUGGAAAUCGGGAUAGCUAUGAUCGACCGAAGUUAAUCGAAGCUCUCUCCGGGAUCGGAGUUGUGGAUAUUGCAUGUGGGAGCGCACAUUCAGCUUGUAUAACUUCACAAGGUCAUGUACUAACCUGGGGAAAGGGAAGAUAUGGUCGAUUGGGACACGGUGAUUCAGAAGAUCAAUUACAGCCAAAGUUGGUGGAAGCGUUGCUGGGAUACCGAGCCAUUGAUAUAGCUUGCGGAUCGGGCGAUGCGCAAACCUUAUGUAUUACGGAUGAUGAUAACGUAUGGAGUUGGGGUGAUGGGGAUUAUGGCAAGCUGGGUAGAGGCGGUUCAGAUGGAUGCAAGAUCCCUAUGAAAAUCGAGAGUUUGGCAGGGCUUGGUGUUGUUAAAGUGGAGUGCGGGUCACAAUUCUCCGUUGCCUUGACACGAUCGGGUAGCGUUUACACUUGGGGUAAAGGUGACUAUCACCGGUUGGGUCACGGAAACACCGAUCACGUGCGUCGUCCGAAGAAGGUAGCUGCCCUGCAAGGAAAGAAGAUCAUAUCCAUUGCAACGGGAUCGCUUCAUUGUGUUGCUUGUAGUGAUUCGGGAGAAGUUUUCACCUGGGGUGACAACGACGAGGGACAGCUUGGGGAUGGCACGGUCACAGCCAUUCAACGACCUCGGCUUGUCCAGUCUCUGCAAGGCAAACACAUCGUCAAGGUUAUUUGCGGUUCGGCUCACACGUUAGCAUUGUCGACAUAUCAACUUAGCGAAGCCGUCCGUCCUCCGCCCUCUCCACCGUUGGAAUAUGAUCUCGUUCGAGAUAUUGCUCCGGAAGUUCUUCACGCUCGGCUCGUACUACUCCAUCAUUUCUCCGAGCUUAUCUGCCCUUGCCUCUCGAUGCUCCCUAUUUCCGGUGAACUAUCUCUCGGUGCUUUGAAGGACAUACUGGUAUACUCGAUCAAGGAAGCUGGCUUCCGGAAGGUCAUACAAACAACAAUGGUGCGCGACAAACCGCACGGACCGGUUAUCGAGCUAAACCGAAUUCAGGUCAAACGGUCGAGGAUGCGAUCAGGUAACGGACUUGCCGGAGUUGAUGGAAUGAAAAGUGUGUUUGGUCAGAUGGUUCAGAAGUUGCCGUUGCUCACCCAGGAGGCUCUGUCAAUGCCACAUCGAGUGUGGAAGGUCAAAUUUGUUGGUGAGAGUGUAGAUGAUUGCGGCGGAGGGUUCAGUGAAUCCAUUGCGGAAAUGUGCGAUGAACUGCAAAACGGAAGCGUCCCGCUUUUGAUUCAGACGCCCAACGGACGUGGGGAAGCUGGUGCUAAUAGGGAUUGUUUCUUACUGGAUCCGACGUUGAAUUCAGUGCUGCACAUGAACAUGCUAAGAUUCCUCGGGGUGCUUAUGGGUAUUGCCGUUCGAACCGGAUCACCGUUAAGUUUGAACAGUUUGGCCGAACCUGUUUGGCGUCAACUUUGCGGAGAAACCUUACGCCCUUCUGAUUUGACCGAGGUCGACAGAGAUUACAUUACCGGAUUGUUGUACAUCAGAGACAUAGAAGAUGAUCCGAAGGCGUUUGCUUCCAUGGAGCUACCAUUCUCAACACCGUCGGCUAAGGGUCACGAGGUUCCUCUCUCCACUAGAUUCACUAAAAUCACCCCCGACAAUCGGAAGGAAUACGUCAAACUGGCACUGCACUAUCGCAUCCACGAAUUCGAUGAACAGGUCAAAGCCGUCCGGGACGGUAUGUCCAAGGUCAUUCCGGUGCCACUGCUCUCGCUAUUUUCCGCCGUCGAACUACAGGCCAUGGUGUGUGGGUCUCCGGACAUUCCACUCUGUCUGCUGAAAACCGUUGCCACGUACAAGGGUGUGGAAUCCACUGCUCCGCUGGUCGGUUGGUUCUGGGAGGUGAUGGAAGAGUUCACCAACCAGGAGCGUUCGCUAUUUCUACGGUUCGUUUGGGGACGAACGCGACUACCGCGUACCAUCGCCGAUUUCCGUGGGCGUGAUUUCGUGCUACAGGUGCUGGACAAGUACAACCCGCCGGAUCAUUUCCUGCCGGAGAGCUACACCUGCUUCUUUCUGCUGAAGAUGCCACGAUAUUCGUGCAAGGCUGUUCUGCAGGAGAAGCUCAAGUAUGCCAUCUAUUUCUGCAAAAGCAUCGACACGGAUGAGUAUGCCCGGGUAGCGAUGGGAGACCCAACAGAGGCUACUGGCAGCGAGGACAACAGCGAUAUCGAAUCGAUUGCUUAAAUAGACAGUGAAAUCGUGCCUCUGCCAGAGCUUAUACGACUGAUCACUAUACAAUCCAAUUACCAAAAAUAACUACAUUUAAAAGACACAAAUAGUAAUUUUCUAUAUUUCUGAUGAAAAAAAACUACUAUUGAACACGACGUCCUUGUAAGCUGCACUAUCAAGCGAUCACAGAGUUAUUUUUUCGAUGCAAUAAAAAGGUCGCUUAUGUGUGGACUGUUAGUUGUAAUCAUCAUCUAUUAUUUACAGCUAGUGACCAGCUUUCAAAAAUGUUUAAAUUGUGAGGUUUUUUAGACAGAAGCAUUAAAACUAUGAAUCUAGAGCUUUAUUUCACGCAGCUUUUGUAUGCACCAUAUAAAGACAGCACGGCAAUAUGGUAGGUAAAAUAUUGCACCGAAACAUGAUAAAUAGCAUCAUAAACCAUACGGAAGCAGUUUGAUUUGAUUGUCCAGCUAGCUGAUAAAUAACGAUGUCAAAUCACAGCGGCUAUGAAUAGAUUAAACACCUUUAGUGACACUGGUUCAUCAGUAGUGUCCCAAUUACGUUUGUUCGUUCACAAAAUACAUUGUUGAAGUAGCUGUUGAAAUCCACUACUAGUAUAAUAGCACAUAUAGAGAGCGUUAUUCCUAAACAAAAAUCAAGCCGGAAAAUGGCAACCGCAGAGAUAAAAUAUAAACCAUAAAAGAAAAAAAAUCAAACAUCCUACUUCUGUAGAAAAGUUGAAGAUAGUCACAUAAAUCGUACUGAUUAAAGCUACUAUAAACAUUGAUAAAUAAUUGCGAUAGAGGCAAGAAUGGUUGUUGCUUUUUGAAAAUCACAUUGAACAUCAGCCAGCAAGUCCCGCGCCAUCGGGACUGACGUCGACUGCCGACUGAGAACUAAUGGUUAAAUGGAAGCUUUCUAGUAAGCAGCAGAGUUAGUCUAUAAUGAUUCCUAGACCUGCUGUCCAUACGACAGCAGUAGUUGUGGUACACAUAUUGCAACAUUUUUUCGGCAAAAAAAAACUAAACUUAGUUUAUUUAUUUCGAAACAAAGUAAUACUGCUAAUUUAUUAAUUCAUUCUUUGCUUCACGCUAAUUUCAGUUAGACCAAUUUUUGGUAACAUAUCAUCAGUUUAGUGUAGCACAGCAACAACCACCAGUAGUGAAUAUGUACCCGUAGCUAGCUGCUAGGUAUAGUUAUGCGAAUCCGUCUACGCAUCAGUAUUGUUCUUUUUUGUUAGGGUGCAAGAUGGUACGAAAUCGACGCGAACACCAUUUCAUUGUAAACUUUCAACAAUGCGUAAUAACGUUGAUUUUGAAAGUUUGAGACCAAACCGCAAUCGCACUCCAUCUACCAGAUCGAAACUAUAUCUAAUUAGCGUAUUUAUUACUCUACUGAAAGAAUUUAUAAUUUGCGUGCGUGAGCCUUGUGUAUCAUAAUAAUCUAUAUGUUUUCUUUUUAUAAUUCUGUGAUGCCUUUUUACGUUACGAAGUGAACACACGAAAC